CAAUCUUCUUGUUGUCAAUGUUCGGUUAAUACGUGGUGUUUUCCAAUCCAGUGGACAAAAAUGUAUAUGCGUGCGAUCUUAGAAACAGACCUUUAACCUUCCACGCAUAGCGUUGGUAAGACCGCAUCGCUUCUCACUGGAUAAAGCUUUCAUUGUUCAUUGUUCUUACCUACGUAAUCGGUUUCUAUCGUAUGCGCUAACGUCGUCUGUUGAAUAAAAGUGAAAGUUUGUCAAAGUGCUGGACCUGUAGAAAGUGCCGCUUCGUGACGUGUUGGAACAAUAAUGAAGCAUAGCGUGUUGAUAACCUUGGCCAUAUUGAUGCAGCUUGCAUCGUUGGCUAUUUGUCAACGUGUAGCACCAGGAGUUAAUCCAAACCAUUAUCAACAACAACAACAAUAUCAGCCGCCCCCUCCGCAGUAUCAGCAACAAGCUCCCCAACAUCAGCAGCCGCAAUAUCAACAACAACCGCCCCAACAACAGCAGCAACCCCAGUAUCAACAACAGCAAUUUCAACAACAGCAGCAACAUCAGCAGCCCCAUGGCGAACAUGGGCAACAGCAAGUGCUGCAUACUGGAAAUUUACAACAGGAGAAACAGCACAUUGCUGAACAUAUGGAAGUACCAAUCGAUACGAGCAAAAUGAGCGAACAAGAACUACAAUUCCAUUACUUCAAAAUGCACGAUUCGGACAAUAACAACAAGUUGGAUGGUUGUGAACUCAUAAAAUCACUCAUUCAUUGGCACGAGCAAGGCAAGGCACAAGAAAACAGUGGGCAUCCGCAGCACGAAGAAAAAAUUUUCUCAAACGAUGAACUCUCCGCGCUGAUAGAUCCUAUUCUUAACUCAGACGACCAUAAUCAAGAUGGUUUCAUCGACUAUCCGGAGUUUGUUCGAGCUCAGCACAAAGCAGCACAGCAGCAACAAGACCAGCAACAACAGCAACCACACCCUUAGUUUUUUUUCAGUGCAACUCAGCUCAAAUCACUGGCUUAGUGACGUCCGCGAUAGACUGGCAAAAUAAUAACUGAGCUUUUAAAAGCAUAAAUCCUCCUUGCAUUCAAAAGCAGGGUGGCCUACGGGGCAAAAAAAAAAUCUAAUGUUAGAAACAUUUCGUUUGAUCUGAUAAAGAAACAAAUCAUUCCUGGGCCGAAUAGUUCAAACAUCCUUGAUCCAUACUGAUAAAACACAGGGCAGUAUUAACUCCGAGAGGACAUUCCGUCAAAGUUUGUUCUAGUAUUACAAUAUUUCGAAUAUUAAUCCUUUCAAAAUUGGCAGCGCUUAGUAUAAAAGACAAGGCUAAGAAUUUAGUGGCGUAGCUCGGAGUUUUAUUUCUUGUUUCAUACAUUAAUGCAAAGACUGUAAAAAAUAUACUGAAUGCACUUUCAUUCUACAAAAAAAGAAAAGGAUUAAUACGAGACACUAAAACGUAAUGGCUGCGAUAUAAUGCAAACGCACAACGAUCGCACAAAAACGUUUACUUUUAUUUGCAUUAAAAACGAAUGUUGUGUGCUUAUAUGUUGUUGUAAAUGUACAUGUUUGUUUCGCUUAAGAUUAUUUGUUGCAAAGUGACAAGGUAUCAAAAAUCAAAUGGAAGGGUUGAAGAAAAACCACAACAAGAAUAUAUCAA